GCAUUCAGUCGUUUGUUUGCCAUUUAGAAGACGACGACAAGCGCAAUGAAGCUACUGCUACUGGUCUGCCUAAUCCUAGCCGCCUUGCUCCUCGGCGAUGCCAGACCCUCCGAGGUGGAUAGUCCCGAGCCCGACGCCAACGAACUGGACAAUGGGGAAGAGGCCGUGGCCAAGCCGCCGGGCAUAGUCUCCAUCAAGGUGCGCCACGUUCAGGCGGAUCCGCUUCUAUGCCAGCAGCUUUCGCGUUACCACCCACACCACCCCCAGUGCCACGGAUACUGCAAGCGCCAAGGUCACUGGAUUGGCCAGUGCAAGAAGAAUAGUUGUCACUGCUUCUCGUAGGCGCUGUGAAUGUGUACAUAUAUAUAGAUGAAUAUAUAUAUCUUUUUUUUUUAAUCAGAUAUGUGAAGAAUGUUUAAGUGUGUUUAUCUGGAAAUAAAUCGAUUAAUUUUUA